AUGGGUGAAGGCAAGAUCCUCGAGGCAAACCGCCUUCUGCACUUUCCACAGGCCUGUGCUAAUACUUCUGGGCUCCUGACUGAGGUGAAGAUUAUUACAGGCAGCUCAAGGACAGUCUUAGUUGAGGCGUCGUGGCCCGAGUCUGCUAAGACGCACACGCUCCUGAGCAAUGAGGGGCAGCCCGGCACUCAGGCCAGACGUGAGCAGCUCCAGGGCGGCCCCUGCACCGACCGAGGCCCCAUCCGGGCCUUGAUGCUCCUGAGCAGCGGGAAAACAGCACUUGUGGCGGAGGGAGGGUGGGAGAACAACAGUUGUGGCGGAGGGAUGGUGCAGAAGCUGUACUUUCGGAGACAGGUGCCUGGAAGCACCCACCACGUGCUGCUGCACAAGCUACCUGGGGUCUCGCGCCCCACGGCUCCCCUGGCAGGCGCCCUGCUGCCGUUCCCCGCCGGCAUUGCAAGCGUCUCCCCAACGCUCUCAAGCACGGGCGAGGGCGGCGGGCAGCGCGACUCGCCGCCGCCGCCGCCGGAGGAGGAGGAGGAGGCGGGCGGGAGGAAGCCGGGCGGCCAGGCGGGCUGCGAGGAGCCGCGGGAGCAGCCCGGGGACUGCUGCCGGGAGCCGCCGCCACCGCCCGCCGCCGGCAUCAACCAGCUGCCGCCCUCCAUCCUGCUCAAGAUAUUUUCCAAUUUAUCCCUGAAUGAGCGUUGCCUUUCUGCAUCUUUAGUCUGUAAAUACUGGCGUGACCUGUGUUUAGAUUUUCAGUUUUGGAAGCAGCUGGAUCUCAGUAGUCGUCAACAGGUUACUGAUGAGCUACUGGAAAAGAUAGCUUCAAGAAGCCAGAAUAUUACUGAAAUCAAUAUUUCUGAUUGUCGCAACGUGUCAGAUACUGGAGUAUGUGUAUUAGCAUUUAAAUGUCCUGGACUCCUAAGGUAUACUGCCUAUAGGUGUAAACAGCUUUCUGACACCUCCAUUAUUGCAGUUGCCUCUCAGUGUCCCCUUCUUCAGAAAGUGCAUGUAGGGAAUCAAGACAGACUCACCGAUGAAGGCUUAAAGCAGCUGGGUUCCAAGUGCAGAGAAUUGAAAGACAUUCAUUUUGGGCAAUGUUACAAGAUCUCAGACGAAGGAAUGAUCAUAAUAGCAAAAGGAUGUCUGAAGCUACAGAGAAUAUAUAUGCAAGAAAACAAAUUAGUAACAGAUCAGUCAGUAAAAGCAUUUGCUGAACAUUGUCCUGAGCUGCAGUAUGUUGGAUUUAUGGGCUGCUCUGUUACAUCUAAAGGAGUCAUUCACCUCACCAAUCUAAGAAAUCUUUCCAGCUUGGAUCUACGUCAUAUCACAGAACUGGAUAACGAAACCGUGAUGGAAAUAGUAAAGAGAUGCAAAAACCUUAAUUCUCUCAAUCUCUGCCUGAACUGGAUCAUUAACGACAGAUGUGUGGAGGUGAUUGCUAAAGAAGGCCGGAAUCUGAAAGAGCUGUAUUUAGUGUCCUGUAAGAUCACUGAUUAUGCUCUGAUCGCUAUUGGACGAUACAGCAUGACGAUAGAGACAGUGGAUGUUGGAUGGUGCAAAGAAAUCACCGACCAUGGAGCCACCCAAAUUGCUCAAAGCAGCAAGUCUCUCAGAUACUUAGGGCUGAUGCGAUGCGAUCAGGUGAACGAAGCCACGGUGGAGCAGCUCGUGCAGCAGUAUCCCCAUAUAACCUUCAGCACGGUGCUGCAGGACUGCAAGAGGACGUUGGAACGGGCUUAUCAAAUGGGCUGGACACCCAAUAUGUCUACGGCCUCGUAACGCCGCCUGCGGCCGCGGCGCCUCCACCCUGCGGCGCUCCUGGCUCUCCU